AUCGUCCAUCUCUAGCAUUAAUAACUAUCCCGUGACAAUAAAUCCAGCUGGAAAAUACAGACGAGGAAAAUCAGGGGAAAAGUGCUGGGAACAUGUCACCCAAGAACAACCACGAUCCCUCCUCGUCCGGCGACUCCGGCAACGCAAAUGUCCAGGAGGCGGAUCUCCAAGAGAUGGAGGACGUCAACGACAGCCUAGACGCCCUGAGCUGCGCACUAGACGCCGUGGAGCAGCGCACGGACGACAUCAUGUCCCAGUUGCGGGAACUACUCAACUCCAACCGGGAGAUCCGUCGCCUGCUUGCAGAAGAGAAGGACACCGCUCAGGAAUCAGAGUCUGGCGACGACAACAUGGGACAGUCGGCCAGCGAGAACGCGUCCAAGUAGACGCCACACAAUGUUAUUGUUUUACCGCCCAAAUCCCUUCUAUACACUUUUGGUCUUACCUAAAUUCUAUUGCUUUUAUUGUUGUUUAUCCUUUCUCUACACUUUUUGUCUUACCUAAAUUCUAUUGCCUUUGUUGUUGAUCUAACCUAAGUAAACUUAAUUGAAGGCA